UAUUACAUUUUUCAAUGUUACACUUGCAUUUAAUAGGAAAACUAAAGUUUUCUAAUUUUCAGUAAAUCAUAAAAAUCUAAAAGAGUUGCUUCUUGCUUUUCAAAGAAUUUUAUUAUUGCGAUUAAUAUCAUGAUCGGAUCAGCAAUCAUCUGUUUUUUUUCCUUAGUCAAUGGCUUCGAAACUGUGACUAAGGAAAUGGAUUUAGUGAAAUUACAGAACUCUCUCUUAGAAUCGGAGAAAUAUGUAAAAAAUCACGUUGGGUAUGAAGAUUCGGCAAUUUUCAUUAGUAACUCAGGAGCCGUAAGUAGUGCAUUAAUUAAUUACAUAAUCGGCAACAAAUUGAAGGUGGUAAAAGUUCCACCAUUUAACAAAAUGACAAUUACAAAAGCAGAUAAUCAAUCAGGACCGGAAAUUAAUAAUGAUGAAUCAUUCUUAAAAAUUGCAAAUCCGAAAAAAUGGACUUCGAAAGAAUUUCCCAAUUUGACACUUUGGGAUGUUCCUGAUUUUUACAAUGAUAUAGUAGAAAUGAAAGAUAUCAUUAGAGCCUUUUCUGUAUGUCAAUUGGUAAAAAAUGUUAAGUCUCUAAAAAUUAUUUUAGUAUUUGACAUUAAAGACAUUGUGGAAGAUAAUACAUUUGAAUUCCAGUCAUUUUUAAAAGCUGUGGAAGAACUUUUUGCAAAUAAAUUCAAACAAUAUUUUUCAAGUAUAUCAGUAAUUUUUACAAACGUACCUAACAUGGUUAAUGAAAUUCCAGUUUCUUAUGAAUACAUAAACUAUUAUUUAAACAACUUAUUGCAAAAUGAAAUACAAUGGUCGGAGAUUUCAAAAGAUUUUUUACAGUACCUAGUAAAUAACAACGAUCGUAUUGCCCUCUUCAAGGAACCAUCUCGUGAAGGUAUUUUGAUAAAUAACGAUAUCGAUGUUAAUAUUUUCCGGGUUAUUAAAAACUCGGAAAGUAUACAGAAAAGCUCUCUCCAAGAUGUACAUCCACCUAUUUCGGCUCAUUCAAUACUUGGCCUGCACGAAGCUCAAAAAGAGUUGUUUCCAAAGUCAACAUUUGAUGAUAUAAAGAAUAUUUUGCAGAAAAAAUUCCAGAAAAUAUCAACUAACGUAGAAAAAAUAACUACUUCCGCAGAAAGAAAUGAAACAAUAGGAUUCUUGGAAUAUUUAAUGAGAAUUCGAGGAAUCCUUCACUCCUCGGAUUAUGAAGGCGAUAUAUACAGCAAGACAAAUAUUGUUGCAUCAAUUGAUAAUGAUAUUAGAAACAUAUUUGAAAGGCAUGGUUUGUUCGGAAAAAUUGAACUAAUAAUGUUUAUGGAAAAGUUAUUGGAUACAGAAAUAAGUAAAACAUUAGAAGACAAUAUUGAUGAUAUUAUAGUUUCUUCAGAAACAGAAGUAAAUAGAACGAUUACCUUUCUUAUUAAAAAAUUAAGUGAAUCUCCCAUAGAAAAGAAAAACACUAAUUCCUGGGAAAUGGUUACAAACUUUUUACUAGACCUAUAUACAAGUUUUACACAUAUUUAUAAGCAAUAAUAAUAAGCAAUAAUUUCGACACUAUGAAAAAUGACGCAAUAUAUUCUUGAGGCAUUGAAGAUGGGUUAAAAUAACCAGAAAAUAUUAAAUGAAUUAUUGUUGUCAGUACGAGUAGAAAAUUAUUUCAAGCAAUGUAAAGACAAAGUAUAAUUUUAUGUUUAUGAAUUCAAAAAUAAAAGAGUCAAUUUAAAAAGA